AUGGAGAGAGCUUCAAGGUAUAACAGAGCUCUACAACUAAAUAUCUCAUCGACCAUGAGGCAGAGAAGAAGUGGUUACGAGCCAUCAGAUACGGAGACAGACUGGACGUUGGAGAAGAGUCCACACCGGGAAGCAAAUGCAAAGAACGAAAGAAACAUGGAUUCUGAAGAACCUGAAUUGGAAGAGCCAUAUUUAGCAUUGGAGAAAUCAAAGAACAAUAAUUCUUUUAAUUUAAGCCGGAGGACUAACGGACCUGCUCGAAGGAGAACUACUAAGUCUCCUUAUAAGCCUGGCAGAGAUAUCGAUGAUGGUGAACUUCAUUCUCCUGAAAAGGCUUUACCAAGAAGUGUUAGCACAUUUUCACGUAGGCCUGAUCAUUCAUAUUCUCGUAGAAAUGUUAGUCCUUUUUCAAAAUCUGAGUACGGUAAACACAUUUCUCCAUAUAAAUAUGCGGGAGAGGAUCAUCAAUUGGAUAAGGAUGGUCUUUUUGAUGAUUCAAAUAGGAAGCAAAAUCUAUCACAAGGUAAUUAUAAUGUUCAUAGUAGACUAGGGGAGAAAUCAAAUUAUAGUCGCAGGUAUGCUUCUGCACCUAGACCUGACAGACAACACAAGUUUGAUGCUUCCAAGGAGCGAAGGAAAGCAGAUAAGACACCAAGGAGCUUGUCUCGAAAAGAGAGGGAAGCUCCGAAUAAAUAUGGACCUACAGGAGGUGAACUUAAUGAAAUGAUUGCCGAAGCAAAAAUUUCUGGAAGCACUACUGGUGCUAAUAAUAUGUUUGAAAGCACAGAAACCAUUUCACCUGGUGAUAUUUUCUUUUCUCGGGACUAUGCAGCCUUGAACAUGCAGAAGAUUACUGAAAGGAAAGUCGAUAAAAAGUCUCAGGUGCUGAUUGAUAGAAAUGUUGAAUCUGUGAAGACACCGGCCAAUUUCAAUCAAAGUGGAAAAGGGAAUUUAUCUAGUAAUACUAUGUGUCAAACAACUAUAAGCGCCAGCACUUUCAUAAGUAGGCAAAGCGGUAAUUUGAGUGAUGCUAGUGGAAGGACAACAGCAAGCAUGAAAAAGUUCACUGCGAACAGGCAAAAGAAGCAAUCAGAAGCAUGGUUUUCUUGUAUCAAGAAGGGACCUUGUAGAACCUCAAGAAGAGAAUCUCCGGAAAGAGGGCGACCGAUCGAUGAAGCUUUAGUUAUUGCCAAAUCAUCUAUAGUUGAAAGCCUGAGACCCUUCUGGGCUGAUAAGCAUCAACCUGCUUCACUAGAAGGAUUCACUUGCCACAAACAAGAAGCUUUACUGCUUAAAGACCUGGUUUCUUCAAAUGAAAUCCUUCCACAGAUCUUAUUCAAGGGUCCUCCUGGUUCUGGGAGGAGAGCGCUCACGAUGGCUCUUUUGCGUGAAAUAUAUGGAAAUGCUAUCUGCAAUGAAACAAGGCCAGUGCAAGUUGUAGUACCAGUAAGCUCAAGUCCUCACCAUAUCGAGCUCAACCUUCAGUUGGAGCCUAACGCUAGAUAUGCACUCAUGGCUUUAGUUAAGCAAAUAACUUCAGAGUAUCCACUGACCCCUGAAGUCAGCAGAGUAAAUAAGAAGGCUGAUUACAAAGUAAUAGUUCUUUAUAAUGUGGACAAAGCCGAGGAGAACAUGCAGCACUUAAUAAAAUGGAUAAUGGACUGCUAUUCAGAUGCUUGCAAACUCAUUCUCUGCUGUGAAGAUGAUGUGGCCAUACUUGACUCAGUUAAAAGUCGCAGCAAAGUUGUUGAAGUUUCAGCUCCUAUAACUCAUGAAAUCAUGGAGGUUCUUAUUCAGAUAGCAAGAAAGGAGGAUUUUGAACUAUCAAUGGGCUUCGCCGCUAAGAUAGCCGCCAAAUCAAAGCAAAAUCUGCGGAGAGCAAUUAUGGCUCUUGAAGCCUGCAACGCGCACAACUAUCCCUUUGCUGAAGACCAACCAAUUUCAAUAGGAUGGGAAGAAGUAGUAAUAGAACUUGCAGCAGAAAUUCUCGCAGAUCCCAACCAAACAAGGUUAUUUUCGGUUCGGGGAAAGUUCCAAAAACUUUUGGUGGAGUUUGUGCAUCCAAAACUUAUUCUCCUGAAACUAGUUGAGGAAUUCCUUAAGAGGGCUGAUGCUGGUAUAAGAAGGGAAAUUUAUUAUUGGCAUGCUUAUUAUGAGAAAAGGCUCCCUGUUGGAACGACUGCUUUGUUAAAAUUAGAAGAAUUUGUAGCCAAAUUUAUGAGUAUAUACAGGAAAAAUUUGAGCAACCGCCAGCAGUUUUUAUAAUUCAAGACUACAUCUGAACUGAUUGAGUGAAGGCUCAACUUUUGGUGCUACAAGUCUUCCCCUUUUAUCAAAACUCUGCAUCCAUAAUAGGAUAACAGACAUUCUUGGCAACUAUGGCAGAUUGUAAAGAUAAUCUUGUGUUUAUGUGAUUGAUGCAAGACUUGUAUACAUUUGGUCCUUUAUGUGAUAUCUGGAAUUCAUUACAUAUCAAAAUCAAUUAUAUAGUGAUGGUAAAAAAAAAAAAAAUCAAUAACAAAGUGAUGGUCGACUCACUUUAUUUUUAGUCUCUUGUUGUGCUGACUGUGUGCAUUGUCUUAAGCUUGUCAGAAAGUGCAACAGCUAUUAUUUCUACUUUCUA